CUUGUUCCCUCUAUUCUUAUAUCUCUAUGCAUCUAACACACUAGCUCCAGGUCCCGCGGGAAUAGCCGAACGAUCUAGACGUGCACGUCUCGCGAAGCCUUUGUUCGUCGUUGAACCGCAUAUUUUUUGUUAAGUUGUUCCUCCUCAGUGUAAUGCAUAUAAACUUAUUCUUCCAUAAUUAAAUAUUACUAGUGGCGUUGGAGUAUAUACUCUUCCGAGUACCUGUAGCCAAAUAUUAAGAAAAAGAGAGAGAAAGAGAGAACACUAAUCUCAAUUGAAUUGAAAUGACAACAAUACACUGUGCAAGCAAUACGGAUAAAACUAAAGAGUACUACACAAGACAAUAAAGUUGACUGGUGUAUUCAUACUGCAUCUGUUACUAAGCACUGCUAACCAUGGCUUCGAGUAAAAGUACAAAAGAAGUUUUAUUAUCACUUAUAGAUGAUAUUGAAUUGAUAGCAAAAGAGAUGAUAGAAAACAUAAUUGCUCAAAAGCCAGCAAAACUCUCAAGUACAGAACAUGCUCAGUUGACAGAACUGCUAGUUGCCAAGGAUAAUGAAUUAAAGGCAACAUUAAAACGGGCUGCUGAACAAGCCAAGAUUAAUUUGAAAAUGGAAGCUUUGAAAGCUGAAGUAGAAAGGCAAGAUCAGGACAUCCAGCAAUUACAACGACAACUGAAAGAAGCAGAACAAAUCUUAGCUACAGCAAUUUAUCAAGCAAAGCAAAAAUUACAAUCUAUUGCACGUGCUAACAAAAGACCUGUUGCUUCAGAAGAGCUUAUUAAAUAUGCACAUAGGAUAAGUGCAACAAAUGCUAUUUGUGCACCAUUAUCAUGGCAACAAGGAGAUCCUAGAAGACCUUAUCCCACAGAUAUCGAAAUGAGAUUAGGAUUUCUAGGACGACUGGGCGAUGUACCUCUGAAUGGACAGAUGCUUGGGUCUCAUCCAAGCUUACCGUCUGACUUGCAUAGAGCAGGACAUCCUACUGGAGAACCACCCGUUUCACAAUCAAACCAAUUCGCAUGGCAUCCGUCGGGAGAAAUUCAUAUGUCCGUUGGACAAGGAAGUGUGGCUGUGAAUACACAUAAACAAGAGACUGAAGACGUUGAAGUUAUGUCUACGGAUUCUUCGAGUAGUUCAUCCAGUGAUUCUCAAUAGAUAUGUUUAUAUAUUUAUAUAUUUCUCACAAUAGAUAUAUAAACAUCUUUAUAUUAAACAUCAUAUGAUCUACGUAAUAUUAACUUAGAAAAUAAAAACGCGGAAAAUAUUACACGUUACAAUCUUGACU